UUUUCUAUUUUCUGACAACUUUUCAUGAUUUUUAUCACUGCACUGAAAAGAGCAGAUACAACUACAAAAGGGUGAUUUCCGUUGGCAAUCGCCUCAUUCUUGCUCCUCUCCUUCAAUCUUUCACAUCUGGUUCGUGAUUUAUGUUCUCUGAUUUGGUAUCUGGUUCUGGUUUUCAACGCUGCCUCCAGAUUCGCGAUUCAGGUUCUCACUGAUUUCUGAUUUUCGAUUUCUGGUUCUGGUUUUGUGCAUCGAGAUUUCGCCUCUUCUCCACUUUGUGAUUUCGGAUUUCUCCCUUGCGUUUUCGGAAUUCAGCAUCGGGAUUUUCGUUUCUUUUUUCUUCUUCGCAACUUCCUGAUUGUGUCCAAUGGAAGAUCAAGUGAAUGUUUACCACCUUCAUCCUUCGAAUAAUCCUGGUUUGCUCGCGCAUUGAGUAGUUCACAGGUCUGCACCAUGGCUUCUUCUGCAGACCCACUUACUCUCAUGCUCAAAACAAAGUGCAAACCAUCAAAGCUUCGUUGCUACACUCCCAUUUCCAUUGUUUCAACCUCCCAAAGUUGAAGAAUCAACGUCUGGGUUGGAGCCUGCAGACCCUGACUUCUACCGGAUAGGUUAUGUCCGGAGCAUGCAAGCUUACGAAAUUGAUUUUAAGGAAGGGCCAGAUGGUUUUGGUGUGUAUGCUUCCAAAGAUGUAGAACCUCUUCGCCGGCCAAGGGUUAUAAUGGAAAUUCCUCUUGAAUUGAUGCUAACCAUAAGCAAGAUGCUACUGUGGAUGCUUUUCCCUGAUAUAAUUCCCAUUGGUCAUCCAAUAUUUGAUAUUAUCAACUCGACAAAUCGAAAGGAGGAACUUUUGGAGCUGCAGGAUCCUAAUCUUGCUUCUACAAAUUUGAUCCUCAAUUACUUGUUUUACAGCUCUAAGUUUGAUCCAUUGAAGCACCAGAGUUACUAUGAAGGCUUGUUGCUCUCGUCUUUUUAGAAGAAAAGGGUCUUCCUCAGCCACACAAUUCGCAGGAGUGGAUAUAGAUAUUUCAGAUGUUCAGAACAUCAAAUUUUACUCUUACAAAGAAUUGCGAAUUGCCUCUGAAGGUUUUAAUUCUGCAAACAAGAUAGGGCAGGGAGGUUUUGGUUCAGUAUCUAUAACUACUACAAAGGAGCUUCUAUAUGCCACUAUUCAUUGGAGGGUUUUACUCAAUGUUUCGCAGGUCCACCAUAAGAUAGACUAAAAAUAGCUUUUCAUAAUCUUUUGGUUGAUUUCUGACGGUUCUACAAAUAAUAUGUUUUAUUGUGCUUC